AUGUUCAGCUGGAUGCGGAAAAACGAGAAGAAGAGCCCUGAGGUGGUCCGCACCGUCACCGAGGGGCUGAAGACCCUCUACAAGAAGAAACUUUUACCGGUGGAGGAAUUUUACCGUUUCCACGAUUUCCACUCACCGGCUUUGGAAGACGCUGAUUUCGAUAAUAAACCGAUGGUGUUGGUGGUGGGGCAAUAUUCCACCGGGAAAACCACUUUUAUCCGUUACCUGUUGGAACAGGAGAUUCCCGGGAGCCGGAUCGGUCCCGAGCCCACCACCGACUCCUUCGUGGCCAUCAUGCACGGGGAGACGGAGGGGAUCACGCCGGGCAACGCCCUCAUCGUCGAUCCCAAAAAACCUUUCCGGAAACUUAAUCCUUUUGGGAAUACUUUCCUCAACCGGGGGCUGAUCGCGGAGCAGCCGGACGAGGGGCUCUUCUUUGUGGACACCGGCAAUGCGGAGAAAGAUCGGCAACUGAACAAGGGCAAGGAGAAGCCCCUGCACGUCGACCUUGUCCUGCAGCCCGACUCCAAGGUGCCGGCACCCAAAAAUUUCAGCUCUCCCACUGAAGGCUCUCAGCUGUGGAGGGAACCCAGGCGUCCGGGUUCCCACACUUGCCACCCUGUGCUGUGCCAUGCAAUCCACCAGCACGACACCCGCCCCCCCACACACCUUCCUGCAGAACGGACCCCCAGGUGCCCUGACACCCCCCCCCUUUGCCCCCAGGUCCAUGCACACAUCAUCAGCCGCCUGAAGAAGGAGAUGCCCUCCGUCUUCGGGAAGGACAACAAGAAGAAGCAGCUCAUCACCAAACUGCCGCUCCUCUUCGCCCGCAUCCAGCUGGAGCAUCACAUCCCGCCCGGAGACUUCCCCGACUGCGCCCGCAUGCAGGAGCUGCUGCUGGUCCACGACUUCGCCCGGUUCCCGGGGCUGAAGCCACGGAUGCUGGAGGCGCUGGACGAGCUGCUGACGACCGACAUCGCCGCCCUGAUGCCGUUGCUGCGUCAAGAGGAGCUGGAAGCACCCGAGGGUGGCGGGGUGCAGGGGGGAGCCUUCGACGGUACCCGUCAGGGUCCCUUCAGCGGGACGGAAGAGGAAGAGGAGGAAGGCGAGGAAGAGGAGGAAUGGGUGGUGACGAAGGACAAGGCCAAGUACGACGAGAUCUUCUACGGGUUGGCUCCGAUGGGGGGGAAGCUGAGCGGGCGGCGGGCGCGGGGGUGGAUGGUGAGCAGCAACUUGCCCAGCUCGGUCCUGGGACGAAUCUGGCAGCUGAGCGACGUCGACCGCGACGGCAUGUUGGACGCCGAGGAGUUCGCCUUGGCUGGCCACCUCAUCGGGGCGAAACUAGAGGGGAGGGGGCUGCCGGCUGACCUGCCCCCCCGCUUGGUGCCCCCCUCCAAGCGUCGGCCCAAGGGAUCCGCUGAGUAG